CCGCAGCCCGUCCUGCCCGAUGUCCAUCUGGGCUGCCCUGCUCUUGAUCUGGGCGGCCGCCGAGGCCUCCGAGGACUGCCCCGCCGCGUGCGCCUGCCGCGCCUUGGACACCAUGGGUCUGCUGGUGGACUGCAGGGGCCGGGGACUUGCGGUGAUGCCCGCCCUCCCGGCACAUACGCGCCACCUCCUGCUGGCCAACAACAGCCUGCGCUCAGUGCCCCGGGGAGCCUUCGACCACCUGCCUCAGCUGCAGAGCCUCGACGUGGCGCACAACCCCUGGCGCUGCGACUGCGGCGUCACGUACCUGCGCCUUUGGCUGGAGGACCGCGCGCCCGCGGAGCUGCUGCGCGUGCGCUGUGGCGGCCCCGGCCCCGCCUCCGGCCGCGCGCUCGGGCAGCUCAGCGGCUCCGAGCUGGGCAGCUGCGGCUGGAUCCUGCGGGCGACCUGGGCCGAGACGGGGCCCUGGUGGGACGCGGCGCUGGCCGUCGUGGCCGCGCUGGGCCUGGCUCUCCUGGCGGGCCUGCUGUGCACCGUCUCCGUGCCCCGAGCCUGA